AUGUUGGUUGUGUUUUCAUCAUUGCAGCAGAAAUCUCAUGUGGAGGAACCAUACAGCAGACCAGUCAUCGACAACAGGAAAAGGAAGUUUGUAGACACAGAACUCGCCCAGGACACGGAAGGUAAUUAGACAACUUCAUUCCCCUUUGUGACCUCGUCAAAGCAUAUCAUAAUAUAUUUUUAAAAAAUGUCUCUAUUUCAGACCUCUUCCAAGACCUCAGCCAGUUACAGGAGAUUUGGAUUGCAGAAGGUGAGUUAUCUUGUACAUAUACCACAGAGUUGAUACUGAUUGGUUCCUUUUUCUGCUGAAUUUCUUUUGAUGUAUUCUGUUGCUCUCAGCAUCACCUAACAUAAUUUGCCCUAUGAUAGAUAUUGGUCAUGUUAAUUAAAAACUAUCCAUAUCUGACACCUUUGAACAAGUAUUACAAUUCCCCUUGAAGUAGCUGCCUUCAGUGCAUACAGAAUAAUAAGGCUAAUAUUUAGAAAAUAAGGGAAAUGUGAGACAAUUGGUCAAAUGUCUUGGGUGGUUUAAUUAUAUUCCCAACAUAUGGUUAUUAAGAUGCAUCAAGAAAUUGGGCAGAUUACCGAUUUAACCUAAGCUGAUAAUUUGAAAUAUUACGGUUUUCUUUCUGUGCACUCAAUUAGAGCAAGUAGAGCAAAGUCCCAUAAAUGAGUAACUUUGCUGACUAAGAGAAAGCAAUAAUUGUUCUGGACUUAUAACAACACUUCUUUAAACUCAAUUUUAACAUUCACCUUUAAAAUGGUCAACAUUCAAUUUCUUAAUAGACCGUUUCCCCUCUUUGGUCCACAUCACCUUUGUAUUCCUGGUGUAUUCAUUAGGGACUAGUCCAUUGUUUUGAGAUUGACAAUUAUAGUCCCUGUUUUAAAGUGCCCAAGUAACGCCCAACUUAGUUUUUUCCCCAGUGGGUUGAACAAAAUAGCUUUGGCUGUUUUUGAAUCACGAUACCAAGACGAGAUUGACAGUUCCAGUGUUGUUCACCCAGCAGGGGCCCAGUUAGUAUCCACUUGUUUAACUCUCCUCUCUCUCUCCCUCCACAGCCCAGGUGCCUGAUGAUGAACAGUUUGUCCCAGAUUUCCAGUCAGAUAGCUGUGAGUACCUGAGAUUUAUUAUUUAUACCAGGCUGGGAUGUGGGACUGGAGGGAUCCAGUUAAAGCCAGAGCCAAGUGUGUUUUGUUUGUGUGUGUACACAGUCUUCUGGAUCUAGGUAUCCAUGCUGUUUUGACUCCCAGACAACUUUGUGAAACGUUUGAGUAUUCUGCAGAUGUCAAGAGACUGUGUCAAGUGCCCCCAAGCACACAAUGUAGCUAGAUCUGAUUUUGGGAAUGCUGCUGUGCUUGACACAACCUAGGCCUGCAGGAUUAAACUGCUUCACUGAACGAGCCAUUUGCCCUCAAAGUUUUAUUUACUCAGUUUGUUCUUUAAAAGUCUUUACUCUGCUUCAUUGACUGGGUUCAUCAUCUUUAGGAUAACAACCCCUGACAAGAUCUUGCUUGCUUUCUUUCUUUCAUUCUGCCAGGUCCUGACACCAUUCUUCUUUACCUCAAACAACCCCCUUUCCUCUGGGAAUAGACUUUCCCCCCUCCUCCCAGUUUGGGUGUAAUCAGGCGAUUGGCAUGGGGCAUCACAUGAGCCCAGCUCAUCUGAUUUCACACUUUCAUGCACUCAGACCCAGCCUCAGCCUCUGGAAUGGGUCUACCCACCUCUAUCCAAAAGAGAGUCUGUCCACACAGCCCUUCUCCCUCCCCCUCCUCUCCUAGAGUUUCUGUACAGCUCCACUAGCCCCCAUUUGUCUGCAGUGUACAGAGCCUUUAUAUGGCAGCCAAGGGAAAUAUUUGAGUUGUGUUCAAUGGAGCGUCUUUUCCAGUUUGUUUUUGUCUGAUGUGGCAGCAGAGACAGGACGUGGUCGCUGGCGUCUCUCAGUCUUUGUUAGUGUUUGGAUCCUGAUCUGCUUGGUAGCCUAGCGUGCUGUAAUGUAAUGACCGCUAAGCUGAGAUGCUGCAAUAUAUUAUUGAGGUUGAUGCUGUCAAAUCACGUGUGUUUAGACAGUGAGGCCCAUGCUAGGGUGUGUGUAGUAGACUGUAGGACGAUAGUUUGUUCAGUGAGGUGUCUCUGCAGUAUAGUUCUUGACAUAGCUGUGCGUGUGUAAGCGUGCGGGAUAAUGUGUGUGUGAUUGGCAGCAACCCCUGUAGCCAGGCAGGGGGCCAGACUCUCUCACAGGCCCUCUAUUCACCAGCUCCGUGUGGCCCCUGCCCUGCCUGCAAUCAUCCGGCCGUCACAUGGCAGCCAAUGCGCUGCGCACACACACACACACACACACACACUCCUCCUGCAUUGUACUGUACUGAGCCUAGCCCUCCCAUCAUCUCAACCCCUGUCUAGGAGUGGGGGGGAAAGUGCCCUAAUAAUCUCCCAUUUUCCAUUAUACACUCUCUCUCCCCUCUCUCUCUUUCUUUCUCUCCUGAAGCAUUACUGCAUGUUGCCCUGCUCUGGGCUUCUAUAGCAUGCAUGUGCAGGGAGCUGGGCUCACGUGCCUAUUGUUUCCCUCGCUCCUGUCCCUCCCUCAGUCCCUGGUCCAUCAGACCCAGGGUUAGGGUGAUGUAUCCAGCUCCUGAUACUCCCCUCGCCCGGGUAUCCAGUUUCACUAGCCCAUUAUGUGGCGCCGGAAAUGGGAGCCGAUGUGGGACUGGAGAUCUAGUGGGCUAAUGGUUACAGUGAGGGAAGGAAAAUCAUUGAGUUACGGCCACACUGAUUCAUGGGUAUUGACUGGGGCUGCGUCCCAAAUGGCACCCUAUUCCCUAUGGACCCUGGUCAAAAAUAGUUCACUAAAUAGGGAAUAGGGUGCCAUUUGGGACAACCUGGGUCCUUAAUGGAAAUCAAAGGGGCGCUUUUUGAUGUCACGUGCAGACGGUGGUGAUAGUAUGAUACUGAUGGGGGAAGGAUGGAUGGAGGUUUUAUAUUUGGCUGUCCUACAUGAAAAAAUACUACAGUUUACUCUAGAAUACUACAGUACUUUACUAUAAAGGUCUAUAAUUUGAUAAUUUGUAGUACUUACUAUAGAAUGUUGUAGUAUACUAUAGUACAUACUACAGUAUUUUAAUUUGCAUAUACCCUGCCCAUUCCCCUCCCCCACAUCAGUUUGUGCCACCCAUAAGUGAGAAACCUACAUGGUAAGUAUAGACCAUAUUGUGUUCCCUAUGGGUUAUAGAAAAGAGCAGAAGCGCUGUACUAUCCGUUCAGACCCUAGUCCUACCUACUUACAGGUUAUGGAAAAUGUGCUCUUUUAGUAUUUCUUCAUUAGGUUUCCUGAAGGAGAAAUCCUCCACUUCUAUGUCAAAGACAAUAAAACAAAAACACUAUAGUAAAUAUUACAGUAUACUACAAUCUGCAAAAAUACUACAUUACUUACUAUAGUGUAUAUACUACAGUUAUUUUACUACAGUAUUUAUACUAUAGUGAACUGUAAAUACUACAGUAUUCACUGUAGUGUUUUUGCAGAUUUAAAGUCUGCAAAAACACUACAGUGAAUACAAAUAUUUAUACCAUAGUACACUUUUAUGUGGGGUCAACCCAAUUAACAUGUGACAAAUGGGUGUUAAGUUGCUCACAGUGCUGGUUGAGGGGGAGAAGACAAAACAAUUAUAAACGAGGAUAUUGAAUAAGCACUGAUUGUCACUUUUGUUUAUGGGUUGAAUUAGCUAUUGCAGCAUUUCUGAUGUGUUGCCCCUCGUACUCUUUUUCUGUCCUCAGUGAUGUUUCAUGGCCCCCCACAAACCAAGAUUAAACGGGAACUGAGUCCUUCCAAAGAGAUUUCUCAUUGUAGCCAGGACAGGAGUCUCAUGCCAUACGGAGAGAAGUGCCUUUACAGCUACAGGUGUGGACCGUUUAUACACACACACACUUCAUGUAACCUUUCACUACACCAACAUGACAAGAGCCCACUGUUAUCACCAUGCUGACCCAAGCUGUCUGUCUCUGUCUGUAUCUCCUUCCCUCUACAGUGCCUAUGAGAGGAAACCCAGUUUGGGCUAUAAGCCAUUGACCCCUCCCACUACACCCGUGUCACCGUGCAGCUCUACCAACACCCCAGGGACACACCCACUCAGUGAGCAGACUCCUCCCCCUCCUCAAAUACCCAAUCAGAACCAGGCGCAAGGGCUGCAGCACGGCCAGCCUGGCAACCAUGCAGUUGGCUCCGCCCACAGCCAGCAGAGGCCGCUCUCACUCCACAGCCAGAGCCCGCCCUUUGCAGUGCCCUGCCCACCCUCACACCUCAGUCAGGAUGGCACCUACAGCCCUGAGCAUAGGUGAGUGGUCCUGCCAUGCUGUGCUGCAAAAACUCUCGCUAAGGUUGAAUGGCCGCCGAAAACAACUCCCUUUUUCCGGGAUAAAUAACUGACAAACCAGUAAAUUAUAAAAAAAUAUUUAUAUGAACAGCAUGGCGUGUAAUGGAACUGUUAAAUUAUAUGUGAUGUCUAAAUCUGGCUUCUCUAUGGCCUCUACAUGAUGAAUCAUCAACUCUCAGGGUGGAUGUAAACUUCUGACCCACUGGGAAUGUGAUGAAAGAAAUAAAAGCUGAAAGAAAUCAUUCUCUCUACUAUUAUUCUGACAUUUCACAUUCUUAAAAUAAAGUGGUGAUCCUAACUGACCUAAAACAGGGAAUUUUACUAGGAUUAAAUGUCAGGAAUUGUGAAAAACUGAGUUUAAAUGUAUUUGGCUAAGGUGUAUGUAAACUUCCGACUUCGACUAACUCCUGACCCUAAGUUGACUGCUCUAAAUGUACACACCCAUCUACAUCUCAAGGAGACAGGAGCUCACAUGUUUCCAUUUCCCUGUGAGACACACCGUGCCAUUUAAACACCAAGCCCAGUGGAGAGUAUCAGGCCUUGUGACCUUUCACUAAUGCUGACUUUGGAAAAGUGCACCUAUGUUGUUGAUGAGUAGAAGGUCCACGGUUGGCAGGUCACUGGUAGCAUGACUGACAGACUCCUCUUUUGGAGACUGUCUAAACCAGACCUCCGUGGGAAUGACCCACGUCCUCUUACACCCCACCUGUCACCCCCCCACCUGUGGCAGGACUCUUGGUCGGAUGUGUUGGAAUGCAGGGCAUCUCAUCACCAGCCAGUAAUGUGGAACCAAUGUGCAGCCAGAAGCAAUUGGCCUUGUCUCUGUGGUGUCCAAGCCAAUGAGCUCUGUCUAGAAAGGGGAGUCUUACUGUCACUGGAGAAUCUGCUAGCUAGUGACACCUUCCCCCAACAUCUCAUUUACAGCGCGUAUUCGCUGGCUUAAUUGCAAUAAGUGAGCCAAUUUGGCUCCUGCGUCUUGGUCUAAAGCUGGAUUCUCAACAGUUCAUCAAUAGUUCAAGAGACUCACUUUCUUAAACUGUUUUUAACAUAAGAGACAGUGUAUCACCAACAGUUUCCAUUCACUCUAAAUCUGUUUUAAAUAUUUUUAAGCAACAGUUUAUCAAUAACCAUAAGUAGUUAAUUAGAAUCUUUAACUUUCAUUCAAUCUCUCUGUUCAAACAGUUUUCUAUAUCAACAGCUUUCAUUAAUAAUAACCACCCUCUCCCAUGUCUUCCUCCACCACAGGUUCCAGAGGCAGAUGUCGGAGCCAUGUCUACCCUUCCCUCCCUCUGAGAGCCAGGCUCGCCCCCAGUUCCUGGCCCAGCAGCAGGCCCCCAGCCACAGCACCCUGCCCAGGGACGGGAGGCCCCCCUACCACCGCCAGAUGUCUGAGCCCUUGGUCCCUGGUCCUGUGCCUCUACACGGCUUCAAGCAGGAGCUGCUGGACCCCCGCUACACCGAGGAGGGUGUCCCCUCCAUGGGCACUCAGGCUGCCUUCCACCCCAUGGCCAUCAAGCAGGAGCCCCGGGACUUCUGCUUCGACUCUGGUGAGUGGCUGGCUACCUCCAGGCUGCUCUGGAUCGGUCUAACCCAAGGCGGCUUGGGUCAUAAGUUAUAGCUGACCCACAGGGUUCUCAUAGGAUUUGAGGGGUGUGCGUCUUGACGUGGGUUUUAAUUCUCUACCCUUCUUCUGAAGUGUGCACUCCUCUUAAUGCAUUGGAUUGGUGUAAGCACGAGUUUCCACCCUAUUUCUUACACCAGUCCUUUCCUUCCAUAAAGGGAUGUGCGCAUUUAGGACAGGAGGAUAGUGAAACCGGACACAACCUUUGGGCUCUCUGAUUCAGGUUGCUGUCCUGGUAGAGUUAGUCCAGUCUCCUCCCGCAUACUAGGUAGAGGGUGAGGAAUGUCCCGUUGAUUUUGCUCGCUGGCACACGGCUGUUAGUUUUAGCGCGGCAAAGUCCAGAACCAUCAACAAACAACUGUAAAGAACCCUUAAAACCCCUCUUGCCUCGCACAGCCCUGUGUCGGGACUCGUAACACACACAUGACCGCGUGGCUCUUAAAUCACUCUGCUCUCCGACACUCAUGGGUUUCUGUACCCGGUUUAAGACUCUGCAUCGGCCAAAAGGUAAAUAGGUCCGUCAUCCCAGCCAGGUUCAGGGAAACCUACUUCACUAGUAUAGGAUCUACCUAGGAUAGAUUUGUGACACUACGCUGUGUUUAUAGAGGGAGUUAGUAUGCAAGUAUGAACUUUACUACCAUGCGGUACACUACAAGGAUCCUCCUCCACCAGCUGCACUGAGAUUUACAUUGAAAUGAAUGCAAUAGACUUAUGCAGAUUGACUUAUUGCCAGAUGCAGUUGUCUCCCAUCCCAAAAGUCUUAGCUACACAAUCCAACACUGUGUACCUAUAGGUAAGCCUGCAAGAGAAGUACAAUUGUGUACUUUUUUUUUUACCCCAAUGCCCAUGCACCCCAGCUGUUGUCCCUCUCCCACCAACGCCCACCUCUCCUUCCCUCCUCUGCUCAGGCCAGCUUUGCAUGGUCCCUCUCUCAUUCUCCCUUUCAGCUUUAUGAUUGGGAGGCCAGUGAUGUAAUGCUAAAUCCUCAGUGAUGUAAUGCUAAGCUUCUUACAGCCUAUAAAUACGUACGUCAACAUAAAGGCUCACUAGCCAGCCUCGGUCUCUCUCUCUGUGGAUGGAUUUAUGUGCAUAUGGGCAUAGCCUAUAGAAAAGUUUGGUCAUACGCACAUCCUUAAAAACAGGUGCUGGGCUAAUAAAGAAUACUAGUAAAGAACAAGAAGGCCCGUACACUGUUAAAGCUCCCAAUUCACUGCUUUAUUACAACAUUUCGAUCCAAAACGGAUCUUUGUCAGGUCAAACAAACAGAGUUCACAUCACAAAAUAUACACAUUUCACCUCACAUGACCAUUGCGGACAUGACGCAUGGUGGGUGCAAAAACAACUGGAUAAGCCACCAGGGAGACUUAUUGUGGCCUCCAUUGACUGAAAAUAUUUCUGCUUUUGUAGAUUUCUUUCUCAAAUGCGCAUGAAACAAGUUCUUGACAUUUUCAUUAAGAGGGAGGGGGUGGCUUUAGCACGGACCUAUACAGGAAGCCGACGGACAGGAAUUCCCUGUUACGCGGAGACAGCUUCCACCCUACACCCCUAAAAAAGAGCCUCUCCAUCAGCCAAUAUAGUCGCAUAAGCAGGAUUUGUAGUACACAGAGUGAACAUGACAAAAAAGCCGACUAUCUAGAUGAGCGUUUCAGACAGCGGGGUUACCCAGAGGAAUUGCUGCAUGACCCAGGAUGACAGCCUCACGCCCAAACCUCCCCGACCUCCUGACCAACGUGUUCAAUGCUUCCUUCAAUACUCCCCACUUGGCAAACAGUUCGACUACAUCAUUAAAAAACACUGGCACAUCUUGAGCACUGAUCCACAACUGGAAAAUACGUUUAAAGAACCCCCACAGGUAGUCUUCAGACACGCCCCCAACAUCAGUCAAAUGGUGGUGAGGUCUGAUCUUCCACCAGUGCUAUGUAGUACCUUUCUACAGUCGUGGUCAAAAGUUUUGAGAAUGACACAAAUACUAAUUUUCAUAAAGUCUGCUGCCUCAGUUUUGAUGAUGCCAAUUUGUAUAUACUCCAGAAUGUCAUGAAGAGUGAUCAGAUGAAUUGCAAUUAAUUGCCAUGAAAAUGAACUUAAUCCCCCAAAAACAUUUCCACUGCAUUUCAGCCCUGCCACAAAAGGACCAGCUGCCAUCAUGUCAGUGAUUCUCUCGUUAACACAGGUGAAAGUGUUGACGAGGACAAGGCUGGAGAUCACUUUGUGAUGCUGAUUGAGUUAGAAUAACAGACUGGAAGCUUUAAAAGGAGGGUGGUGCUUGAAAUCAUUGUUCUUCCUCUGUUAACCAUGGUUACCUGCAAGGAAAUACGUGCCGCCGUCAUUGCUUCGCACAAAAAGGGCUUCACAGGCAAGGAUAUUGCUACUAGUAAGAUUACACCUAAAUCAACCAUUUAUCGGAUCAUCAAGAACUUCAAGGAGAGAGGUUCAAUUGUUGUGAAGUAGGGCAUCAGGGCGCCCAAGAAAGUCUAGCAAGCGCCAGGACCGUCUCCUAAAGUUGAUUCAGCUGCGGGAUUGGUGCACCACCAGUGCAGAGCUUGCUCAGGAAUGGCAGCAGGCAGGUGUGAGUGCAUCUGCACGCACAGUGAGGCAAAUACUUUUAGAGGAUGGCCUGGUGUCAAGAAGGGCAGCGAGGAAGCCACUUCUCUCCAGGAAAAACAUCAGGGACAGACUGAUAUUCUGCAAAAGGUACAGGGAUUGGACUGCUGAGGACUGGGGUAAAGUCAUUUUCUCUGAAUCCCCUUUCCGAUUGUUUGGGGCAUCCGGAAAACACCUUGUCCGGAGAAGACAAGGUGAGCGCUACCAUCAGUCCUGUUGCAUGCCAACAGUAAAGCAUCCUGAGACCAUUCAUGUGUGGGGUUGCUUCUCAGCCAAGGGAGUGGGCUCACUCACAAUUUUGCCUAAGAACACAGCCAUGAAUAAAGAAUGGUACCAACACAUCCUCCGAGAGCAACUUCUCCCAACCAUCCAAAAACAGUUUGGUGAUGACCAAUGCCUUUUCCAGCAUGAUGGAGCACCUUGCCAUAAGGCAAAAGUGAUAACUAAGUGGCUCGGGGAACAAAACAUCAACAUUUUGGGUCCAUGGCCAGGAAACUCCCCAGACCUUAAUCCCAUUGAGAACUUGUGGUCGAUCCUCGAGGCGGGUGGACAAAUAAAACCCCACAAAUUAUGACAAACUCCAAGCAGUGAUUAUGCAAGAAUGGGCUGCCAUCAGUCAGGAUGUGGCCCAGAAGUUAAUUGACAGCAUGCCAAGGCGGAUUGCAGAUGUCUUGAAAAAUAAGGGUCAACACUGCAAAUAUUGAUACUUUGCAUAAACGUAAUGUAAUUGUCAAUAAAAGCCUUUGACACUUAUGGAAUGCUUGUAAUUAUACUUCAGUAUACCAUAGUAACAUCUGACAAAAAUAUCUCAUAACACUGAAGCAGCGAACUUUGUGAAGACCAAUACUUGUGUCAUUCUCAAAACCUUUGACCAUGACUGUAGACAAUGUGCCGGACGGUAACUAUAGAUGUGGUGGAUGUACCCAGUGUAACUUUACGAACAACUGCAAUGUUCAAUCACCCUAUUACGGGCAAGGCCAUUAAGAUUAAGGGCAUCAUUACAUGUUCCACAAAAAAUGUGAUAUACCUGAUCAAGUGUAUUUGUGGUCUAUGCUAUGAAGGAAAAAGUAAACGAGCUCUGAAAACAACAAGGAUAGCAGAACACAGGAGUAAUAUCAGGACCCUUGACCAGAGAAACCCUGUGGCUGCGCAUUUCAUGGAUGCUCGUCAACUUUAGACAUUGGUAUCGAACAUGUUAAGACUCCUAGGAGGGGGGGAGAUACUGAUAAUCUAUUAUUGAGAAGAGAAUUGUAUUGGAUUCACUGUUUGUGUACCAUGUCUCCUAGAGGCCUGAACCAAGAGUUUGAUAUCAGACUAUUUCUUACAUGACUGUCACUUUGAUUUGUCUUGCCUUCCAGGUCACAUAUUUAGUAAUUUUGUAAAUAUAUAUGAUUGUCUGGAACUACUACAUGUGCCCAUUUCAUUGAUCAAUAUAUGGGCAUAGCUACAGUGAAGGGAAAAAAGUAUUUGAUCCCCUGCUGAUUUUGUACGUUUGCCCACUGACAAAGACAUGAUCAGUCUAUAAUUUUAAUGGUAGGUUUAUUUGAACAGUGAGAGACAGAAUAACAACAAAAAAAUCCAGAUAAACGCAUGUCAAAAAUGUUAUAAAUUGAUUUGCAUUUUAAUGAGGGAAAUAAGUAUUUGACCCCUCUGCAAAACAUGACUUAGUACUUGGUGGCAAAACCCUUGUUGGCAAUCAGAGGUCAGAUGUUUCUUGUAGUUGGCCACCAGGUUUGCACACAUCUCAGGAGGGAUUUUGUCCCACUGUUCUUUGCAGAUCUUCUCCAAGUCAUUAAGGUUUCGAGGCUGACAUUUGGCAACUCGAACCUUCAGCUCCCUCCACAGAUUUUCUAUGGGAUUAAGGUCUGGAGACUGGCUAGGCCACUCCAGGACCUUAAUGUGCUUCUUCUUGAGCCACUCCUUUGUUGCCUUGGUCGUGUGUUUUGGGUCAUUGUCAUGCUGGAAUACCCACCUACGACCCAUUUUCAAUGCCCUGGCUGAGGGAAGGAGGUUCUCACCCAAGAUUUGAUGGUACAUGGCGCCGUCCAUCGUCCCUUUGAUGCAGUGAAGUUGUCCUGUCCCCUUAGCAGAAAAACACCCCCAAAGCAUAAUGUUUCCACCUCCAUGUUUGACAGUGGGAUGGUGUUGGGGUCACAGGCAGCAUUCCUCCUCCUCCAAACACGGCGAGUUGAGUUGAUGCCAAAGAGCUCGAUUUUGGUCUUCUCUGACCACAACACUUUCACCCAGUUCUCCUCUGAAUCAUUCAGAUGUUCAUUGGCAAACUUCAGACGGCCCUGUAUAUGUGCUUUCUUGAGCAGGGGGACCUUGCGGGCGCUGCAGGAUUUCAGUCCUUCACGGCGUAGUGUGUUACCAAUUGUUUUCUUGGUGACUAUGGUCCCAGCUGCCUUGAGAUCAUUGACAAGAUCCUCCCGUGUAGUUCUGGGCUGAUUCCUCACCGUUCUCAUGAUCAUUGCAACUCCACGAGGUGAGAUCUUGCAUGGAGCCCCAGGCUGAGGGAGAUUGACAGUUAUUUUGUGUUUCUUCCAUUAGCGAAUAAUUGCACCAACUGUUGUCACCAUCUCACCAAGCUGCUUGGCGAUGGUCUUGUAACCCAUUCCAGCCUUGUGUAGGUCUACAAUCUUGUCCCUGACAUCCUUGGAGAGCUCUUUGGUCUUGGCCAUGGUGGAGAGUUUGGAAUCUGAUUGAUUGAUUGCUUCUGUGGACAGGUGUCUUUUAUACAGGUAACAAGCUGAGAUUAGGAGCACUCCCUUUAAGUGUGCUCCUAAUCUCAGUUUGUUACCUGUAUAAAAGACACCUGGGAGCCAGAAAUCUUUCUGAUUGAGAGGGGGUCAAAUACUUAUUUCCCUCAUUAAAAUGCAAAUCAAUGUAUAACAUUUUUGACAUGCGUAUUUCUGGAUUUUUGUGUUGUUAUUCUGUCUCUCACUGUUCAAAUAAACCUACCAUUUUAAAAUUAUCGAUUGAUCAUUUCUUUGUCAGUGGGCAAACGUACAAAAUCAGCAGGGGAUCAAAUACUUUUUUCCCUCACUGUACCAUCAGUCACCAUCAGACUUUUGGCUCUCCUGGUCGGGAUGGCUCACCAGAUAAUGGAUGUGUCAGAAAUUGCACCCUAUUCCCAAUAUAGUGCAUUACUUUUGGGUUCUGGUCAAAAUUGGUGCACUUUAUAUGGAAUCGGGUGCCAUCUAAGACAACCAAUGAGUUGCAAUUGGAUAGAGCAUAUGAUGCUGUAACAGGCCCAAACUUGAGUUGACAGUACAAGAUUAAACGCUUUGUAGAAAUGGCCCUAAAGUGUAAUAAAGAUCUGCACCUCACCAGAGAACAGGAAACGUAGGGUGGGGACACUUCACUUCCGCCACAGUGACACAGAAGUUAAAGGGGGCGGGGCUUGAUCCCAUGGGCGACAGAGGCAUAACUUGAUUGUCAUGAUUUAAUAUCUGAAAGCCCAACCUGUCCUAAUGCCGACGGGUAAUCCUAUUUUGGGGCUCAGUGGACAUGCGAGGCCUGUUGCGUGCUGCGUAGUGUGCUCUGAUCUGGGCUUAGCCUGCUCCAACAGAUGUGGUGGGAUAACUAGUGGACAUUUACAGCCCAGCUGUUUGGUUGCUAGGUCAAAGCCAGUUGUGUAAGAGCAGCAGCAGGUAGAACAGUAGUAAAGUAAAGCUUUCCGUUCCACAGUGUUCACCCUCAUGUCACCAACCACGUCAAUGGGUGGGACCACAAAUGCAACCUGACUAGGUUAUCGCACCACACAAUUCACAAACGGAAUAGAGACCGAACAUAUCCCAAUGACACACAUAUAGUAAAUUGAUACUGCUUGUAUGUACGAUCUCCCUUUACUAGGGAAUAUGUACGCUCUCCAUUUACUAGGGAAUAUGUACGCUCUCCCUUUACUAGGAAAUAUGUACGCUCUCCCUUUACUAGGGAAUAUGUACGCUCUCCCUUUUACUAGCGUGCGAGCAGAGCAGCGGCCAAAUAUACUCAUGGCAGAGGUUGAUAUGUUGUGUUUAAUAUGUAUGGGAAUGGAAAGAGGCUGUAAGUGUAACUAACCUGUCUUCUCUCUCUCUCUGUAUUACAGAAGUGCCUAUCUGUCAGUCUACAUUUGGAAGAGCAGGGACCUUCUACCAAAACAACCAUGAAAGUAAGUUAUUGUUACAGUUUUCCCAUCUUAGCAGAGGGUGGUUUGAAGUUUAUUUGACAUGUAAUAAAAGCAUUGGAAAUCGUAUUUAUUAGAGCUUUUGCAGUAAAAACAUUACUAGGAAGGUGUCCGUUUUGUGCGAAUAGCAGCUAGUAAAACAAGGGAAAGUCUCUCAAACCCUUGGUAGCUGUUGACCCUCCUUGUGACUUAUUGCACUGUUGAAAAGUGCUGCAUGGUUGGGCAAUAGGACAGGCCGGAUGGUAGAGCUCAACAUUAGAAUGACGUCUCUCGGGAUGUUGCAUCUAUCAACGACUCCUGUUUUAGGUUUUCACUGUGAGCAUUUCAACACAGCUCAGCAGCACUGCAUGAUAUUAGCACAACAGAAUUUUCCACUCUUGGGAGGCUGCCCGGCUAUAUUGCUUUGUGAGCAGUUUAGUCCCCCUGGAACAUUAGUAGCUGGCCUCCACAGCAAAAUGGAGGUCGUAUUCCCACGCCCUAGCUAAUGUCUCUCUCUUGCGCUCUCUCUUAUAUAUUACAGGUUUCUCCUUCAACAGAGAGCUUCACCUGUACUACGAAGAUACCUGUGUGGUUCCUGACAGACUUGAAGGUAAAAAAUACUUUGUCACGUCCCUGGGUCCUGUCCUUGGGCGAGAGCUUUUUGCGCAGCAUGGGGUUCAUUCCACCCUUGGGGGGAGAGCUUUACAAGCAGCACAUGGAGGACUCAGUCUCUGCUCCACUGCUGGCAGUAUUUGAAAGGACAGGAUUUGUAGGAUGUCUGUUGCAUCACUGACUAAAGAGAAGAACUGGAGAAAGUCUCCUUUGAGCAGCAGAGAUGGCAGGCGGGUGUAAAAUGAGCAGCCUGCUCCACUUCAGUCACUGUCUCCUAGAAAUGUCUCACCACACUGUAGCUAGCUGUGGUGGAGUACAGUUCUCACUGACACUCUUCUCUUUCUUUCCAUUUCUCUCUAUUCCCCCUCUCCCUCUUCACAGGGAAGGUCAAGCAGGAGCCCUCAGUGUACCGUGACGGCCCUCCCUACCAGCGUCGUGGCUCUCUGCAGCUCUGGCAGUUCCUGGUCACCUUAUUGGACGACCCGGCCAACGGUCACUUCAUCGCCUGGACAGGCCGGGGCAUGGAAUUCAAACUCAUAGAGCCAGAAGAGGUCCGUUGGAAAUAUAUUGUUUUUUAAUUUAGGUUUUUAUUGUGAUUUUACAUUGAUAAACAUGACAUAUUUAGGGAUUUUGAGAGAUAAUCUCCUACAAUGACUGAAGAGGUCAGUUCCUUGCCCUGGUCCUAGUAAUAGUUGAGGCUAUUGAAAGUUGGCGUACUUAUUCAAACCGUAUUUUUUUUUUUUUUUAAGAUGUUCAAUCAGGCAUUGUGACUGACAGUAUUUUCUCUGUCUUGUCUCUUCAGGUUGCUCGCCGCUGGGGCAUCCAGAAGAACAGGCCAGCCAUGAACUAUGACAAGCUGAGUCGUUCUCUGCGGUACUACUACGAGAAGGGCAUCAUGCAGAAGGUAAAGGCAGGUUAAUCCUUUCUAUCCUUCCCUAUUUCUCCUUAGCAACAGCAUUACGCCGCCUUCGGAGCAAGCUAGCUAUUGGCUUACUUGAAUAAACCUUGGGGGAUGAUGCUGCAGUCCGCAAGGUUUAACCUUAGUUACGUAUAAUAUAAUGUUAACUAUUGUGUUCUAUUUGAUUCUGUGGGUCGAACUAACUUGUUCUCCUCUCCUCUGAUUGGUCUAUUGCAGGUUGCUGGUGAGAGGUACGUGUACAAGUUUGUGUGUGACCCUGAGGCCCUGUUCUCCAUGGCCUUCCCUGACAACCAGAGGCCCAACCUGAAGGCUGACCCUGACAGCCUGCCCUGCGGUCAGGUGGACGACGACACCCUGCCCCUCACCCACUACGACAAGAACACCCCUUACCUGGUGGACUCUGGGGAGCAGUGUGUAGGAGGCCUGCCCUUCCCUGAUGGCUACGGCUACUGA